AUGGCUCUUACUCAUGCAAUUAAUGAUAAGGCUCGGCUGCGUACUUUCUGUUAUACAAAGUACAUUGUGGAAAUGAACGGGUUUAUCUUGGAUAGGCACCGUGCAAAGAUUGGAGACACACCAUUCAAAUGGUGUUUGCAUAUGGAUAAAGCUUUACCUAUUUGCAACCCACUUAUGUUAGAGUUGGUUAAGCGUUGGAUUUCUGUAAACAAUUCUUUUCGUAUCAUGCAACGGUCUGUCCCUUUAACCAUAGGUGACAUUUGUAUGUGUUUAGGAUUAGGCGUUGGUGGAAUAGAUGUACAAUUUGAUAAGAACGUGUGCGGUAGUGUGGGUUCACUUUUGAGUGGUCAAUUGAUAGCAAUUGACAAUGUUAUUGAGAAGAUGAAGUUGUUGGUAGGGAGCAAGGUUGAUGAUGUGGAUAAUCUAUGGGCUGUUGAACGACUCGGUUUAUGUGGCCCACAUAGAGAUUUUGUUUUCCCAAGAAUUCUCAGCUGGCCGGAUGUAACCUUCAAAACAAGAAGGAUUGAGAUGCAUUUUGUAGAUACCCAAAUAAUUUGGGAUUGGAGUUUGAAAGAAGAGGAUUGUGGGAAUGAGUUAAUUCGUGCAGCUUUGACUUUUGGUGAGGAUAGUGACGCUCAUGAUGAAGAUGAAGAUGAGAGGUCAAUUUCUAAGAAAGCUUUGUUGAAAAGGUUGAAAAGGCAUGGAAAAAGCAUACGUAAGAUGAAGAAGAGAAUAUCAUUCCUCCAUGAUAAGAUAAUGUCCGCAAGUAAUGUUGCGGAGGAAGAUAAUGGUGAAGAUGUUGAUGCAGGAUGUGAUGUAGCUGAAGAUGGAGAAGGUGCUGAUGUGCAAAGUGAAGGUGUUCAAAAGGUUGAUUUAACAGGUGUUGUGUCUGUUAAUGAAGAAGAAAUGGCGAAAGGGAUAGACUUGAAUUGUGCAGCAGAUUUUGGUGUCAGAAACGACUUGUCUGCGGGUGCAGUUGUCAUGCCAUGCGUUUCAUUCCAGCCUCCUUCUGCUGCCAUGAAAGUGGACUUAUUGAAGUUGUACAAUAGUGUGACUUAUUACGGUGUCUCAUAUAGGAUGAAAGUUGACAACAUGGCUGUCCUUUUUGCUGCAAGCACAAUGAUGUAUUGUGAACGACGUUUGUUUGGGCAUGUUAAGAGAAUUGCUUUCAAUCCUUUAUAUGCGAGCCAUGUCCUUCACGACUCCCGCAAGAUUAAGGUUAACAGACGACAAUGGACGUUGAAAGAUUAUCAGACCUACUAUCGUCCUGGACUUUUUGCUUUACAAGAUAUAUUGACUGCAGAUUUUUUGUUUGCCCCAAUUGUUCAUGACCAUCAUUGGUGGUGCUAUGUUGUGAAGUGUGAUACAAAACAGUUUUUUGUGUUGGAUUCGCUUGGCCAUUGUAAGAAGGAGCGGAAAAAAAUAGACAAUGUUAUUGCACAUAAUUUGUCAUUGUUGUUUGGGAUGUUGAUGAAUUGUGGUGAUGAGUCAAUGCCAAAGUUUGAAGUGCAUCACGAAAUGACUCCAAUUCAGCCAAACUUAUAUGAUUGUGGUGUCAUUGUUUUGAAGAUGAUGGAGAUUUGGGAUGGUUCAAAAAAAUUUGAUGGGAAUACCAUGCCUGCAUUUACAAAUGAACAACUUAAAAUGAUAAGGCAGGACUACAUCUGUCAAUGGGUUCUAGAUGUAGAUAACAUUGAAAGAGAAAGAGUUGUUCAGCACUUUGGAUUGAUGCUGACCACUUAG